CUUGAAUUCUGAUUUUGUCAUCAUCGUCAAUCACGCCAUCUGCGCCUAUCUGCGGGAAUCGAUUUUCCUUAGUCUUGAUCUUGGGAAAAAAAGCGGAAAUCUGGGGGAAAAGCUGCUUGUUUAGAGUAGACAAGGGGAACAAGCGCAAACCAACCAUGGGCGGCAAGAUUGAGUGCUUCUUGGAUCUCGCAUCCUAUUUUAGCUAUAUCGCGUUCACAGACUUGGCGCAGAAUCGAGAUAAGCUGGCGGCCAAUGGAGUCGAAAUAGAGAUACAUCCCGUGCUGCUGGGCGGCAUCAACCACCUCUCAGGGAACCGUCCUCCGUGGACAAACGAGAUCAAGGCAGCCUACCUAAAAUAUGACUCUCGUCGUGCCGCUGAACGCGUUGGCCUUUUCGGUAUCCAGGGCCCUCCAGACCUCAUGUCUGUCUCUCAUACCGUCUCACCGCUGCGUGCACUUCACUAUAUCAAGGCCAACUACCCAAAGGAAACAUUCCUUGCCACCUUUGAGUCCUUAUUCAAGGCCUUCUGGACGCCUCCCCACGUCAAUCUCAUCCCGGAGGAGAACCUGCGCGCUGUGCUCCAAGGGGCGACAGAGAAUCCUGUCAAGGGCGGUGGCAAGAAGCUCUUCACUGAGGAGGAAGUGGAAAAGAUCUUGAAGGCCCGUGGUGGGAUGAAGGACGUUCUCAUGGCCACUACCCAGAGGGCCGUUGAUCAGGGGGCCUUUGGCGCGCCUUGGAUUUGGGUGACGAAUGCAAAGGGCGAGCAGGAGCCCUUUUUUGGUAGCGAUCGAUUUCAUCAUAUUUACAAGUUUUUGGACAUUCCGUUUCAAGAUAUUGCGGUGUUGACGCCGUCAAAGUUGUAGCGAAGGCUUGGUAAUAGGCGAAUGGAAGUGCAAUAACUGCACUACAUGGUUAAUUAGAUGUUUAUGUAUAAUCUGAGACUUAAUUUUUGAGAUAUCA